UUGAUAAAUGACCUGCACCUUGACCCAAAUUCAGCUGUUCUAACAGGGCUUUGUGGCUCAGGAUACAGGAAUGGUUGCAAAUGUGAAUGUCUCUCUGAACAUCAGGAAUGCUCUUCUUUUGAGAGUGGCAGACCACUGGCGCAGGUAGCCCAGAGAGGUUGUGGAAUCCACCUCCUUGGAGACCAAUAUUCAAAAACUGGUCAUGAUCCUUUGCAGCUGGCUCUAGUGGACCUGCUUGAGCCAAGUGUUGGACCAGAUGAUGUCCAGAGGUGCCUUCCAGCCUCAACUGCUCUUCAGUUCUGUACUGUAGCACCUGAAUGGACAGAGGAGGACCUGAGCCAGCUGACAAGAAGUAUGGUUAAGUUCCCAGGGGGGACCCCCGGUCGAUGGGAAAAGAUUGCUCACGAAUUGGGUCGAUCAGUGGCAGAUGUUACCCUGAAAGCCAAACAGGUGAAGGAUUCUGUUACAUAUACACCAGGUGUCAUUAGGCUCUCAGAGCUUAAAACACUGGCACACAAUUCCAAAAAUUUCAAAGUCAACGUGAAUCUGCCGGAUCACAUAAUCACCCAGCGAGAAAAGGAAGAGGAAGUGGAGGAGAAGGGGAACUACAAUCUUAUAUCAGAGCAGAUGGAUAUUCAGACAGAUCCAAAGGAGACCAUAGCAAGUGAAACUAGACACCGCAGACGAAAAAUUGUCAAAGCACCUGAAACGGCUCUGCUGGCAACAAAAGAGGUACCAGAAGAGAAGGGCAGAGGGAGACGUCAGAAAGAUUUUGAUAACACUGAGCAAGAGGAAGAGAGUGAUGAUGAAAGCAGAAGAAGGGAGAAAAGCCGUGCACCAGAAGAACUGUGGACUCAAAAUCAACAGAAACUUCUUGAAAUGGCCUUGCAGCAGUAUCCAAAGGGAACAUCGGAUCGCUGG